AUGCGCCGCCCAUCCGCGCACACGCCAACGGCAAGAUGCUCCGCCCCUCGAGGCCUCUGGCUACUGGCUCUCUGUCUCCCCUUCGCGCACCUCACCUCGGCACAGUCGGCAGCAGAUUCCAUUCCAGCACGAUGGGGUCAAGCCUCGGCACUUGUCGGCUCCCUCUUCGUCGUACAAGGCGGUAAGACUCAGGGUACCGGCGGCGGCUUCACAUACAGCUCAGCACCCAGCGAUGCGCAGAUGUACGCUCUCGACCUCUCAACAUCCUUCUCGCUAGCCUCCCCGCCAUGGCAGUCGAUUUCGCUCCAGGACCCAGCCGCAGCUGCACCCGCUGUCUCUUUCCACACCAUCUCGCCCCUCAACUCCACAUCGCUCCUCCUCUUCGGCGGCGAUGGUAGCCCGACUGUCCCCGUCCAGACCAACAACGAUUCCGCCUUCAUCGUCAACAUCGCCGGUCCCGCUUCCAAUCAUACCGUCAGCUACCAGCCCGUCCCCGCAUCCUGGAACCAGCCCAUGCGCAGGAUCUACCACACCAGCGAAGCUAACGGUCGCGGCUCCGUCUGGAUCGUCGGCGGUCAAAAGGCAGACGGCUCCGGCCUCACCCUCGACGAGCGAUGGUCCAUCGACUCCUCUGCCUCGUCACCCGUCUUCGAGCUUGCACCGGCUGCCCCCCCAGGCAGCCUCGUCGGGUCCACGUCCACCUUGCUCAGUGACGGCACGCUUCUCCUCCUCGGCGGUCUCGAUGCGUCGGGCCAGCUUCAGUCCAUGGAGGACAUCUAUUCCUACUCGAGCGCAACGAAUAGAUGGACCCAAACCGCUACCCAGGCUGCUUCCAACGCAACCGACGCCGCGUCGCAGAGGCGCGCACCUGCCUUUCCCGCACCGCGCCGCGAUCACGUCGCCGUCUCUCUCCCCAACCAGCGCAUCUUUAUCCACGGUGGCGCCAGCCAGGAUCUCUCCACUGCCUUCAGUGACGCUUGGAUCCUCGACUGGAGCGUCAACCCGCCCGUAUGGACGCAGCUCGACGCCACCGCAGGACCCGGCGCCCGCUACGGCCAUUCCGCGGUGGCGUAUGGCAGGGAAGUCCUCAUCUCGUUUGGCUGGGCAGGCGGCAAUGCCGCACCCACCGGCGUCCAUGUCUUUGACGCGUCGUCGCUAACCGCUUCCUCCUCGCUCAAGGGAAGCUGGUCCGGCGGAAGCUGGUCCUCCUCCACUUACACACCCGACCCGCAGAUGUCGCGACCCGCCUCCUCCUCGGGGGGCCAGGGAUCCUCGAGCGGAUCCUCAUCCGCGGGCAACGGCUCCAGCUCCAGCUCGGGCGGCAACGCUUCCACCGAUGCUGGCUCUGACUCGGGCGAUGCCGGCACCACCUCGACGUCAGGCAGCUUCCCCUCCGGAAACACGGCGCACGGCGACGGUGACAGCGGCAGCAGCGGCGCUAGCGAUGGUGCCAAGGCUGGUGCAGCCGUCGGCGCACUCCUUGGAGCCGGCCUGGUGGUAGGAGCCGGCUACGCAGCCUACCGCCGUCGUUCGCUCAACAACUACCGCCGUUAUGGCCGAGGCUCGACUGGCGUGCUUGGCUUUGGCGCACGUCGUACCGGUGGGCCCUCGGACGACGACUAUCUGAUGGAGAAAGGCUUCAUUCAGAGCGACUACGAUCGACCCUACCAUCGCACCGACGGCGGCGCGCCACUCACGGGCGGCAUGGCUUAUGGACGCAAGCGCGCUCGUACCGAGGGAUCGCCCUGGACGGCGGGCAACGUGGGGCAUGCGAUGGAGGGAUCUGGACCGCACUUCCGCGAGCGCAUUGCCAUCCUCGCUGGCCGAGGUAAGCGCGAUGCACACGUCGUGCCGCGCGUCGACAUGCUCGCCGACGAGGGCGACGGCAACAGCCUUUUCCGUCCUCUUGCAUCCGCGGAACGUCUGCCAAACUUUGGCGAUGACGACGACGACGAAGAAAACGCGGAGCUGUGGCACGGCCGCCGUAUGCGUGAGCACUCAUAUGUGCACGUUGGCGAUCACGAUCUGUCCAGUGGCGACAUUGGCCAGUUGCAGCACGACGACGAGGCAGAGCACGAAUACUCGCCGUUCGAAGACCGCCCCGAGGAGUCGCGCGCUCUUGGCUUCGCCGCCGCUGCAGCAGGCGCACGUGGGUACGGUCGACUUGCCGAUCGCGAGGUCGAGGAAUACGACGAGUCGCCCCGAUCAGACGACGGGCGGUCGGACAUCGACACGCAAGAGGGCGGCGCAUCGUCGGGACCGUCACUUCAGUCGCACAGCACCGCGAGCCGCAGCGAUGUGCCGAGCUCGUCCAAGUCGUCGGACGCGCUCUCGUCUGGCGGGCUUGUCUCUUUCUCCGACACCAGCCACGGGCGGUACAGCGGGAACAUGAUGAAACGCAGCCCGACGUGGUGGGACCGCUUCAUGGGCUCCUCUCGACCCGAACGCAGUGCAUCGGGUCGCUUCCUAUCCGGGCCGAACGCGGCGAUGCCCAUCCGCGAUCCAGCGCCGCCGCCGGUGAGCGGGCUGCAGGCGAUCCGCGAGUCGCCGCGCUCGCGCGAGGUAUCGGAGCAGAACCCGUUCGCAGACGCAGUUGGGUUGGACGAGCACGGCCGCCGCAUGGGCGAGGUGGGGCACGAGCAGGGGCGCUCGGUCUCGAGUGUGGGGUCGGCACGUACGGGGGCUUCGUCGCACUUUGAGUCGCGCUUGCGCGGGAUGGAUGUGAUCCAGCGCGUGCGCACGGGCAGCAGCCGACGCACGCACUCGACGCGCACGCGCAGCAGCGCCAGCGACGGCGAGAGCGACCAUGCCCUCAGCCGCGCACCGACACUGCUGCGACCACGCAACAUUGCAUCGAGCGACGCAGUCGAUACGGUGGACGAGGAGGAGACGCCGGGCGAGGUGGUGUGGAAGCCUGAGUUGUGGUCCGGAGCCGCACGGCUGCAGGACGUGGAUGAGGAGCACGACACGCCCAACGGGGCCGAGGCGCUGUCGCCCGUGGGGGCGAGGUUGCGGGCGUCCAACGUGUCGGAGACACCGUCGAUCACGCCGCUCACAACGAAGCGCGCAAGGCUCAAUCCGGUCAUGGUGUCGCCGCUCUUCCCGUCGCGUACGCCGCACGCCUCGGCGCCAGCUCUGCCGGCGGCCAACACGGCGAGCGUAAAGGAGCGCGUCAAGGCGUUCGAGUCGCACUCGCCCGCCGACCCGGCACCCUCCGCAUGGAGCGCAAGCCUGUCCAAAGCCCAAGCGCCCUCGACCAGCCCGCAGCGCACCACCUCGCCAUCGCCCACCACCACCUCGCGCACAUCCAAGAGCGUCUACACCACCAUGGUUCCCCGACCCACCCUGUUCGUCGCCAACCCCGACGACUCGCACCCCUAA